UCGGUGAAAGGAUUCUCACGUAGAUUUUGAGUUUAAUUUAAGCAGAAACGGCAGAGACACUGCACAUCACGAGCUGCUGAAUUUUCUAAAGAGACAAAUAUGUUCCGCUUGCGGACGUUGACGGCGGCCACAUUGGGCGUGGUGCAGUUGUCACGGCGAUACCAUGGAAAAGCUUUUCAGGCUCCUAACCACCGAAGGCUUAUGCUAGCGGCUCUGGUGGGUGUGGCAGGUGCAUCUGCCAGCACGGGACUGCUGUGGACAAGGGCCUACACAGAGGCUGGCUCAUCGGUGAAACAUGAGGAACAGGAAGAUGAGGAGACCCUGAAAGACGUAGAGGCCAAGUCUGAUUCGGACAGCAUGGUGGAGUCCAGCGGAGGUGAGGAAGAGGAGGACGCGGGGUCAGAGGGGAAGAAGAAGAAGCCGAGGAUAGGGUUCCGUGACCGUAAGGUGAUGGAGUAUGAAAACAGAAUCAGAGCCUACUCCACCCCGGACAAGAUCUUCCGCUACUUUGCCACUCUGAAGAUCAUUAGUGAGCAUGGAGAUACAGAGGUCUACAUGACUCCACAGGACUUUGUGCGCUCUAUUACACCAAACGAGAAGCAGCCAGAGAACCUGGGUCUGGACCAGUUUGUUGUGAAGCGCUAUGAUGGAAAGGACUUCUGGCAGCAGACGGAGAAAAUUUCCCAGGAGCGAGAGAAGUUUGCAGACGAGGAUAGCAUCUUCUACACGCUUGGAGAAUGUGGACUCAUCUCCUUCUCAGACUACAUUUUCCUCACCACAGUCCUGUCUACCCCUCAGAGAAACUUUGAGAUUGCCUUCAAGAUGUUUGACUUGAAUGGAGAUGGUGAAGUAGACCUAGAAGAGUUUGAACAGGUCCAGAGUAUUAUUCGUUCUCAGACCAGUAUGGGCAUGCGCCAUCGAGACCGUUCCACCACGGGUAACACUCUGAAGACUGCUGGAUGCAGCUCCGCCCUCACCACCUACUUCUUUGGUGCGGACCUGAAGGGCAAGCUCACCAUCAGCAGCUUCCUGGAGUUCCAGAGGAAACUCCAGCAUGAUGUCCUGAAGCUGGAGUUUGAGCGGAAUGACCCCACGGAUGGCAGGAUCACAGAGAGACAGUUUGGGGGAAUGCUGCUGGCCUACAGUGGAGUGCAGUCACGUAAACUCAAACAGAUGCAGAAGGGUUUGAAGAAGAUGUUUAAGGAUGCGCAGGGCAUCACAUUUGAAGAGGUGGAAAACUUUUUCACUUUCCUGAAGAACGUAAAUGAUGUUGACACUGCCCUAAGCUUCUACCACAUGGCAGGUGCCUCUAUCGAUAAAGCCACAAUGAAGCAGGUGGCACGGACAGUGGCCAAAGUGGAGCUGUCUGACCAUGUGUGUGAUGUGGUGUUUGCUCUGUUUGACUGUGACGGCAACGGAGAGCUGAGCAACAAGGAGUUCAUAGCCAUAAUGAAACAAAGGCUUAUGAGAGGCCUGGAGAAACCCAAGGACAUGGGCUUUACCCGCCUGGUCCGAGCCAUGUGGAAGUGUGCCCAGGACACCGCCUGGGACUUUGCCAUGCCUAAACAGCAGUAAUGGAGAGAGAGAGAGAGAGAGAGAGAGAGGAGGGGAUGGGACUGCAGAAAGACAGCCAAAAGGCAUCUUCCAUCAUAAGACCCUCCCACCCCCCACACUGGAUUAGAUUAAGUCAUUAAGCAAUGAACUCAUUAUAAUGGCACAUCACAUCAGGCUAAUCAAUCAUUACCUUCUUCCGUCAAGGCUCACGCUAUGGAACGAGAAAAUUAACAACCAAAAGCACUAAGGGAGACGAAACUUCCUGUCGAUGGACUUGUGUAUUUAUUUUUCUUUUUAAAUACCUGGCUGGCUGUCCUUGGUAGUUCGGUGAGGAAAGCAUUAACCAUUGCGCAGUGCAGUCAUUGUAAUUCUCGGAAUGGAUCGCUUUUUCAUGUAAAUGUUAUAUUCAAAUAUGCAAACAGCACAGCGCAUGACAACUCUGUGGUCCAUUCGUUUAUAAUGUCAAUCUUGAGUAUGAAACACAUUAUAUUUGUUUGUUCUGCACGGAACAGUUUAAAAACUGGUGUGAUUUUACGACAUGUUUACGGAGUUGAGUCUCUACUCCACAUGUACGCGAGCCAUGGAUUGUGUAUUAUUUUGUCUUUUGUUAGACUUUAUA